GAGAGCUGUGAUUGGUCACAGCUUGUCACAUGGUACAAGGCUGUUGUGAAUAGCCUUGUACCAUGUGACCUCUGUGAUCAUUCACAGAUUUCACACUUAGUAAGCAAUGAUGUCAACAAGUGAUAUCUUGUUUACUACUAUUCAUGUGAUCACUGAUUGGUCAAUCAGUGCGGACAUAGUACAGGCGAUGAUCAGAGACUGCGGACAUAGUACAGGAGAUGAUCGGAGACUGCGGACAUAGUACAGGAGAUGACCAGAGACUGCGAAGGCAUAGUCACUGGACUGGAGCACAAGCAGGGGCGGACUGACCAUUUGGAA